GACACAUCCUCACUUAUCCGUUGUUCUCUCCCCACUCGCUAAUCUCUCCCAUCUCACAGAUCCUCCUUCUCUCGAUCGGAGGAGAGCUGCCACGCCCGCGCACCUCCGGCGAGAAUCCGGUGAGCUGAGCCCGCAGCGCCUCCCGACGCCACGCAUCUCCGACCGGAUCGAGGUCGACAGCUACCCAUGGGCGGCCGAGCCCAGGCCCGACGGCGACCAGAUCCCCGGUGAGUAGCGCAUCACACGCCCAAGCCCCGUGCAGCUCGUCUCCCCGAGCUCGCACCCGAGGAACCUCCAUCACCUGCCCCCUUCCGCGCGCUUGCCAUCGGCAGUCUCCUCCCUGGCGACCACCAUCUCGACGGCGAGAGAGGGAAGGGGGUGGCGCUGCUUGAGGAGGUCUGGAACGGAAGGGGAGGAGCGGAGCCAUCGCUGUCGUAGCGCUGCUCAAGGUUGCGUUGCGCGGAAGGGCGAGGAGCGGAGUCAUCGCCGAAGCGUCGCAGCUCGAUGAGGCGGGGCGCGGAGGUGGAGAUCUGUGACAGAGCCUACGCCGACAUGUUGAUGCUCGGGGGUGCCGGCGCCCCAUCUGGCGCCAGUGGGAGAUGCUCAUGCGCACCAGCAAGUGAUCCCGACAUCACAUGCCGCCGCCGUCGAGGAUUCAGUGUCUGCUGCUCCGUGAGUAGUGGAGCAACUACACCGUGCAGGAUAUACACGACGGCCGGACGUCAAGGCGUGGCUGUUGCUAGAGUAGCUCCGGUCAUGUCUCAGAGGGAUUGUUGGCAGGCGGUGCUGAUACUGAAGAUAAUUUUUGGGCAAGUUGGACUGAUUCAUGUGUUAUGCUGCUGCAGAAGCUCAUAAUUCAGUAUGUGCCUUGACCCAGCCAUAUAGCCAGUUCUCAUGUGAGUUAAUCAGCUAGUGUACUCAGUUACAGGACUACCUCGAAUGCAAUUCAUAAGGGAGUUAAGAACAGGGGGGGGGGGGGGGGGGUGCAAACUGAAUUUGCAAUGUGUGCACUUAGGAAUUUGCCAUGUACUUGUCAUGAAUAGUGUUUUCCAUUAUGUUUUGUGAAUUCUGAGUAGUCCAAACAAAGGUAGGCACAAUUAACAAUUCUAAGUUGUUAUAAAAAAGUUGCCAUGUCAAAAUGUAGAGAGAAAAUAAUCUAAGUUAGUUAUCAGAAAAGUUACCAUGUCAAAAAAUUGUAGAUAGAGACAAUAAUUCUAAGUUGUUAUAAAAAAUUUGCCAUGGCAAAUUGUUGAGAGAAAAAUAAUUCUAAGUUGUUACCAGAAAAGUUGCCAUGGCAAAUUGUAGAGAGACAAAUAAUUCUAAGUUUUUAUCAAAAAGUUGCCAUGGCAAAUUUGUAGAGUGAAAAAAAAUUCUAAGUUAGUUAUUAGAAAAGUUGUGAUGGCAACUUAAGAUGUUAAAAAAUAUGGUAAAGUUAUAGAUGUUAAAAACAUGGCAAAGUUGCCAUGGCAACUUAAGAUGUUAAAAACAUGGCAAAGUUAUAGAUGUUCAAAAACAUGGCAAACUUGACAUGGCAAUUUAAGAUGUUAAAAAACAUGGCAAACUUUGUUCAAGAACAUGGCAAACUUCUAUAAUUAACAUGUUCAAAAACAUGCAAACUUGCCAUGGCAAAGUUAUAGAUGUUCAAAAAUAUGGCAUAUUUGCCAUGGCAACUUAUGAUGUUCAAAAACAUGUCAAACUUUUCAGAUGUUCAAAAACAUGGCAAACUUGCCAUGAUAUUUUAAAUUGCUCAAAACCUUUUGCAAACUUGCCACGGCAAACUAAAGAUGUGGAAAUACAUGGCAAACUUUUUAAAUUAAGUUUGUACAAUAACAUGGCAAGCAUGGCACAAAAAUUUAAUUAAUAUGUUCGAAAACAUGGCAAACUUGCCAUGGCAACUAAAGAUGUUUAAAAACAUGGCAACCUAAUAUGCUCAAAAUCAUGGCAAACUUGCCAUGGCAACUAAAAUCAGUAUUUUGUUUAUAGCUAUGUUUUUUUUCCAAUGGCAACUAAAUGCAUUUUUUUGCCAUGGUUCGUUGUGUCUUCUUGCCAUGUCCAUCCGAAGAAUGUUUGUCAUGGCCAUUACAAAUUAGUUUGAGAGCACGACAAGUUUGCUCUUUCAAUUUUGUUUUGCCAUGGCAGUUUUACCUAAAUCGUCGCGGCAAAUUUCAACUUUUAUUGCCAUGGCAAUUUACAACAGCGGCAAAUUGUUGUGACCAACGGCAAUUUAUUUAAAACCAUGGCAAACUUAUUUUCUAGCAUGGCAAGUUUAUUUUUUUGUUGGACCAUGGCAAUUUUAAUAUAUUUUUCAUCAGCUAUUUUUUCUAUGAAUUUCUAGAUUUUUGUCGUAUUUUUCAUCAGCUAUUUUUUCUAUGAAUUUCUAGAUUUCUAUUUUUUCUCAGUUUUUUCUGUUUUAGUAUUGGGCCUGUUUUCCUUUUGAUGCCCGCAACAGGCCCAUGUUGGCGUUUCUGGACGUGUUCGCGCUGGGAGGUCUCCCAGGCCGAACGAGAUCGUUCGGUCGUUCCCCCUUGCCAUGCCGAACGAUUCGUUCGGAAUCAGGUCGAUAGAAAUCUGACGUUCGCUCCUUAUCGGGGUUCUACCUACCUACAAUUUCCGUGUGCUAAGAUACCUCUAAGAGACAGACUCCUUCCUUUUUUAGGGGGGUGGUUUCCAUAAAUGUGACGGAUUUUCGAUCCGACGGAAUCAAUUCCACUUUCCAUAUCCUGAUCCUGGCCGCUCCCGUCGUAGCUUCCUCGGCUAGGCCAGGACUGCCUUUCCUUGCAGCGGACGCGUUUGGACUCCUGCUCGGAUCCACUUCGCCCACCGUCCGUCUAUAUAAGGCGGCACCAAGCGGCGGCCUCCGCACCGCGUCCACCUUCUCCCUUCCGGCCUCUCGCCACCGCCACGCGCCAUCAGUUCCAUCCCGCAAGAAGCCAUCCAUCGGAGGCGAGGCGAUCCAUCCAAGCUUGGGGGGUGAUGAUGCCGACGUCGUUCUUCCAGGGCAACGACGCCGGCGCCUGCGACGGCGACGGCUCGCCGCACGGGGUCAAGAAGAUGUGGACCAAGGAGGAGGACGACCUGCUGCGGGAGCAGGUGCGGCGCUGUGGCGGCCCGCACAACUGGGACUCCAUCUGCCGAGGCCUGCCCGGCCGCAACUCCAAGUCGUGCCGCCUCCGCUGGUGCCAGCACCUCGACCCCAGGGUGGAGGCCGUCAAGCCCUUCACCGUCGAGGAGGACAUGCUCAUCGUCAAGUACCAGGCCGCCUACGGCAACCGCUGGUCCACCAUCGCCGAGUUCCUCUCCGGCCGCACCGACAACGCCGUCAAGAACCGCUGGAACUCCGUCCUCCGCAAGCGCCAGGAGCACGCCCCCUCCCAGCAGGGCCAGACGCGCCCGUGGGCUCCUUCCGCCGCCCGGCAGGCCGCGGGCCCCGGGGUCACGCCGCGGUGCCUGCCGCUGUUCCCUGAUUCGGCCGAGGAGGUGCCGGAGGCUGACACAUCUGCGGCGGCGAGGAAGUGCCUCGACCUGUUCCCUCUGGCGCCCGGGGAUAUCAGGGCCAACGCGGCUGCUGUGGCGCCGCCCGGUGACAUGACUUGCGGAGCAGGCGACCCGCUCACCGAGCUGAGGCUCUGGCCGGCGCCGAGGGUGGUGUUCGACGUAAUGCCGCUCCAGGCCUACCGGAUGUAGAUUUGCUUAGACUUGUUGUUCUCUCGUCUUACUUUUUGCUGAUCGUGGGGAAUUUUCCUAGUGGGAUUUGACUUGUAAUGGAAGCUCUGGCUGAUCGAGAAUGUUGUUAGGACUCCAUUGGAUCUUGGUAUCAACAGAGCGCUGGAUUUUCUGUAAUCGUCUUGCUUGCUGGUUAGGUAAUCAAGAAAGUUCUGGACUUAGUGUAAUGCUUUGUGCUUCUUGAUGAUCAAGAAAAUUCUGAACGUCUUGUAAUUUGCAUGACCAUUGUAAUCAACAAAUCAAUCUUUAGCAAUUUUCUUGUUCACUGGA